AUGUUAUUGUACUGCUUUCAUGACAUUCUUUAUGGUUUUGCGUUUUCUACCGUAAGAUUGGUAAGUGAGUUUUUAAAAUAGUCAUUUCGAAUAUGUAUAAACUUAAAUACAAUACCUAUUUUAGACAUUAAACCUGAAGAAAGACUACGUGCUGAUUGGAAUCAGAUCAUGGAACCAAACCCGUCUACAAGUUGUAUAUGCUAUUGUAUUUUACGCUUACUGUCUGUUUAUGCACAUGUUUAUGCUGGUUGUCAAUUGUUAUUGUCGUUUUAGCUUGAUCAAGUAAGUUUUUUGAAUGGCAGGGCAAAGGCAAGGCAAGGCAAGGCAAGGCAAGACAAGGCAAGGCAAGGCAAGGCAAGGCAAGGCAAGGCAAGGCAAGGCAAGGCAAGGCAAGGCAAGGCAAGGCAAGGCAAGGCAAGGCAAGGCAGAAAUUUUUAAUUUUAAACCUAAUAAAAACUUUAAUUUUAGUGGUGCACCAAGAUAUCGCUGGUUAUAUUGUUAUUUAUUGACCAACAUCUUAUCCCUUUUUAUUGCUGUAUCAGUUGCUUUAACAUACGACAUUAAACAUAUAAAGUACGAACUGUUACAAGAUACCUGUUUUGAGUCUGAUGUUAAAAAUAUUAUUAUCUCCGAUACGGUAAGUUAGCUGAUAUUUUAAAACUUUUUGUUUUACUUUACUCUACCUUGUAUAUUUAAUCAACCUAAUAAAUAUUGAAACAAUAAAUUUAAAUUGUAUAAACUCGUUUAGACAGCAAAAGACACAAUGGCAGCUAUGAUCAUGGUUUUUGUGGCGUAUGUUGUUACCUACUGCAUGUCAUUUAACUAUGGUAUGAGAGCAGUUACAUUGUUAAAAAGAAAAGCUUGUUUUUAUACUGCAAAAACCAUUUCGAUGCAAAAACAAUUGACUAGAAUGCUUAUUAUUCAGAGCAUAGUACCAAUAAUAACCUCAACAGGACCAGUGGUACUAGUAUCAGUAUCUAUUGUGUUAAACCUAGACUUCAAAUUUGGAGAGUUAACGUUAAUGGGUGUAGUAUGUUGGAUACCGUUGGUCAACAACUUAUCAGCAAUCAUAUUAAUCAAGCCAUACCGAGAAAGAGUAUCUCAUCUUUUCUUCACUCUCAGUGGUAAAAAAGGGUCGACAUCAACCGUUAGUAAUGUCAGAAAUAAUAUUGAUUAG